GGGUAACGUGGAUUCCUUUGUAGUCGAGGCCCAGACCAUGUGGGUUUCGUGUCAAUAAAAUUCAUCUGAGAUCAAGUGAUUUUUGUUAUUUGUUGAAAAUAUGGGACGAAAAGCGAAGUUUGAUGGAGGUGUAGUCCCCAGUGGUCCUGGGAGAAAGUCGAAAAAACAAAAAGAUCCGACUUUUCCGAAGGAAUUAAUCGAAAACGAGGAAAAGCAACUCAGUCAUAAGCAGAGGCAGAGAGCACGCAAAAGAGAAGCGAAAAAAGUUGAGAAGGAGCGGAAGAAGAGUGAACCUAGGGCAAAGAAGCCGAGGAAGGUCGAGGAGAUUGUUGAGAAUGAGUCUGAGGAGUUGAGUGAAGAUGACGACGACUCUGGAGUAGCUGAAGAAACCACAAAGCCAGGUUCCUUCGUCCUGCGUAAACCCAGGGGAUCAGACUCUGAAUCAUCAUCAGAGGACGAGGAAGAGGAAAAAUCCCAAAACCAAGAAACCUCUGACGACGAUGACGACAAUCAGGAUGACGAUGACGAUCUGCUUCCCAUCGAGCGUCAAGCCAAGAAGCUCAAACGUCAGACGAAGAUCGACGCAGCCCUGGAUGCAGCCGAGACCGAGGAAAUGGCCUCCCAAUUUGUCUUUGAAUUUCCCACUGAAUCCGAAUUGCAGGAGGUCACGAGCAUAAAGGACAUUCAGGCUCGAAUAAAGGACGUGAUCAUGGUCCUGAAUGAUUUCAAACGCUUCCGUGAUCCUAGCAGACCCCGAUCAGAGUACCUGGCUCUCCUGAAAUCCGAUCUCUGCGCCUACUACAGCUACAACACCUUCUUGAUGGAAAAACUAAUGCAAAUUUUCCCGCUGUCUGAACUCGUGGAGUUCCUCGAGGCCUCGGAGGUCCAGCGACCCAUGACCCUCAGAACAAACACCCUCAGAACCCGCAGGAGGGACCUUGCACAGGCCCUGAUAAAUCGCGGGGUCAACCUGGACCCCAUUGGGAAGUGGACGAAAGUUGGACUCGUUGUUUACUCAUCACAAGUGCCCAUGGGGGCAACUCCAGAAUAUCUCGCAGGUCACUACAUCCUCCAGGGUGCAUCGAGUUUCCUGCCAGUGAUGUCUCUGGAUCCCAAGGAAAACGAGAGGAUCUUGGACAUGUGUGCAGCUCCAGGUGGCAAGUCUUCUCACAUCGCAGCCCUGAUGAAAAACACAGGUGUCCUAUUCUCAAACGACGUCAAUCAGGAUCGAGUGAAGGCUGUCAUUGGUAAUUUCCACAGGCUGGGAAUCGUCAACUCAGUUAUCUGUAGUCACGAUGGUCGAAAGAUACCAGGGAUCAUCAAGGGCUUCGACAGGGUACUCCUGGACGCCCCCUGCACUGGCACAGGGGUUGUCGCCAAAGAUCCAAGUGUCAAGACGAAUAAGGACGAGGUGGAUGUCCAGAGGUGCUGUACACUUCAGAGAGAAUUGUUACUGGCUGCCAUUGACUCUGUCAAUGCCAAAUCUGAGUCUGGUGGUAUCAUUGUUUACUCAACUUGCUCGAUACUCCCUGAGGAGAACGAGUGGAUCGUUGAUUAUGCAUUGAAGAAGAGGGACGUCAAGGUAAUAUCGACUGGACUUGAAUUUGGGGAAGAAGGAUUCACAAAUUACAGACAACACAGGUUUCAUCCAUCACUGAAGCUCACCAGGAGAUUCUAUCCUCAUGUGCACAAUAUGGACGGCUUCUUCGUCGCCAAACUAAAGAAAUUCUCCAAUAUCAUCCCCAAGAGGGACAGGGGAGAGAAGGAGGGAGAGGUUACUGAGGAAAAUGAAUGAUUUAUUGGAUUAAUUGCAUUUUUUUACGUCGUCUUGCUGUACAUAAGAAUUUUACCUGGGGAAUCAGGGGAAGAUCACCUCCAGCUGCUUCUCGCAGAGACGUUUCAUCUUGUCUAGAAAUAAUUUUGAUUUUAUGAUAAUGAUCCAGUUGUUUUGUAAUAAAAUUUUGUGGUGGA